AUGCUGUUACUAUUAAUUCAUGUAAUAAUGGGUGUAACUGUGUGUGAAAGAAUUUGUACUGCCCCAAACGGAACUGAUACUCAUUUAGUAUGGAAGUCUUGCUCAGAUGGACCGAUUAUAUUCCACAAUUUAACUCUGCUUGAUGAAAACCGAAAGUUUUUCCCUUUUUGCAAUGCAAUGUACCCAAUUGAUGCAAAGAAACCAUUCAUUGUAUCAGGAAGUAUUACAAAUACUGCUAAUGAAUAUUACGGGGAUUUAGCGACAUCCGUGAAACUUUACAAGUGGGGAGGAUUAUUUGGAUGUCACUGGUACCAAAUUCCCUCUUUUGGAGUUCUGGAUGAUCUAGUAGAAUGUGGUAAAGGAAUCGAAUGUCCAAUUAGGCCCGGACCUCAGCAAUUAACAAUGACCUUUAAUUUACGAGGAAUUGAUUACUUCAUAAAAAUCUUGCCUGAUGGAGUACCCUACAAGAUGAUAUUCGAGAUCAUGGACUUAGCUAAGGAUACUUACUCUUGCAUCGAAAUGUGGUCUGUGAUCAGAACCUAA